GCGCUUCGCCAGCGCCGACGUGGUACCAUUAGUGGAGUAGGAGACGAGGCGUUUCAGGCUCUGGAUGGCACCUAUGUCGCUGAAUACCUGGGGAAGUGCGGAGAGGAUGUCUUGGACCCACCAAUUCACCAGCCGCCCCCAAACGUGCCUGGUCCCUUCCCUCGCCUCUUCUCACCGCUGAAAACCCCACCGUCUGCCCUUGCCCUGCCUUCAUCCAAUAAAUCACCAGGUCCUGUGGAUUCCCCCUCCAGAAGCUCCUUCAACUCUUGACCAGCCUCCUCUCGGAGCAGUGCAGAGGUGUGGGGAGAUUAUGCCUUUCUCCGGGAGGAUUUUGAUCGGGACCUGGCUCGCUGGGUUCUGUCCUUGGUCCUGAAGCGAUGCCAACACCAGCACGUUGUUUCUUGGGACCAGAGACACCGGUUAGUGUGCCUCCUUUCUCGGUAAUUCUGAACCAGCUGAACCGACUGAGGUCCGUGGAGAAGAUUCUCCAAAGUCACACUCCCCUCUGAUUAUAGAACAGAAAAAAAGCAUCGGAAUCUCUGAGGAUCACUCCCUCCAGGUGGUGGGAGGACUUCCAGAGGCAUCAGAGCAGAGACCGCAGAGAGCCUACUUCACCAGGCUCGAGGCCAGAGGCCCUGCCAUGGCAUCCCCAAGGCCCCUUCUGAUGCUGGCCCUGCUGGCGUGGGUUGUUCUGGCUGACCAAGAGUCGUGCAAGGGCCGCUGCACUGAGGGCUUCAACUCCGACAGGAAGUGUCAGUGUGACGAGCUCUGCUCUUACUACCAGAGCUGCUGCCCCGACUACGUGGUGGAGUGCAAGCCCCAAGUGACUCGUGGGGAUGUAUUCACUCUGCCAGAAGACGAGUACACCUUCCACGACUACCGCGAGGAGACCAGAUCCAAUACCAGCGUCCAGGCACAGCCAGAGAGCCCCACCCAGACCUUUGUCCGGCAGGCGCAGCCUGAAGAGACUACUGAGCAGGCACCUGUUCUGAACCCUGAGGAAGAAGCCCCAGGACCUGGGCGGGGGAACUCAGAGCCUGAAGUGGGGCCCGUCAUGCCCGAGACUGGUAAUCUAGGGAUCUCCGAGUCCCCAGCAGAGGAAGAGCAGUGCAGUGGGAAGCCCUUCGAUGCCUUCACCGACCUCAAGAAUGGUUCCCUCUUUGCCUUCCGAGGGCUCUACUGCUAUGAGCUGGAUGAAAAGGCAGUGAGGCCUGGGUACCCCAAGCUCAUCCGUGAUGUCUGGGGCAUCGAGGGUCCCAUUGAUGCUGCCUUCACCCGCAUCAACUGUCAGGGGAAGACCUACCUCUUCAAGGGUAGUCAGUACUGGCGCUUUGAGGAUGGUGUCCUGGACCCCAAUUUCCCCCGCAACAUCUCUGAAGGCUUCAGGGGCAUUCCGGACAACGUGGACGCAGCCUUGGCCCUCCCCGCUCAUAGCUACAGUGGCCGGGAGCGGGUCUACUUCUUCAAGGGGAGACAGUACUGGGAGUACGAGUUCCAGCAGCAGCCCAGCCAAGAGGAGUGCGAAGGCAGCUCCCAGUCGGCCGUGUUUGAACACUUUGCUCUGAUGCAGCGGGACAGCUGGGAGGACAUCUUCAGACUUCUCUUCUGGGGCAGUUCCUCUGGUGGUGCUGGAAAGCCCAGAUUCAUCAGCCAGGACUGGCAUGGUUUGCCUGGACAAGUGGAUGCGGCCAUGGCUGGCCACAUCUACAUCUCAGGCUCAGCUCCCCGCUCCUCUUGGACCAAGAAGACCAAGUCUGUGCGUCGCAAUCGUAAACGCUACCGCUCGCGCCGUGGCCGUGGCCGCGGCCGCAGACGCAGCCAGAACCCCUACCGGCAAUCUCGCUCCACCUGGCUGUCCUGGUUCUCCAGUGAGGAGUUGGGCCUGGGAGACUAUAACUAUGAUAACUACGAGAUGGACUGGCUUGUGCCUGCCAACUGUGAGCCCACCCAGAGCGUCUACUUCUUCUCAGGAGACAAGUACUACCGAGUGAACCUUCGCACACGGCGAGUGGAUGCUGUGAUCCCUCCUUACCCACGCUCCAUUGCCCAGUACUGGCUGGGCUGCCCAGUCCCUGCCCAAGAGUAGGAGUCCGAGUCCAAACAGCUGGGCCUCUGCUGCUCCCUCCUCCAACAUCCUCCUCCCAGCUCAAUAAAGAUCCCUUGGCCCUGA